AUGCAGGGUCAGUCAGGCAAGGACGCGGCGCAGUCGGCUGGGGCUACAAGUUCUGUACGAUUUGAUCUCCAGGAAGCUGCGAAACUGCAGUGGGCAAAUCCGCUUGGCCUGGAAGAUGCGAGGGGUGGACCUCUUGAGGAGGAAGACGGAGAGUGGGAGCACCAGCGUGUGCAGGGGGGGGUGUUCACCGGGGUACCUGCGAAAGCAGGGCGAGGAACGAAGACACGCAUCAGAAUUGAACGUCUCCGGUUCGACUUCGACGGGAAGCUGCGGAGCGAGGUCUUCCCGUCUCAGGUGCUGUGGAGUAAGCUGUGUCUCUUGCGACAGGCUGGCGAAGAGUCCCUGUGCUCCGCUCUGUUGGCGAAUUCUCUACCGGAUUUGACGCGCGAAGACCCUCUCGAGUAUCACCGAGGUCUUCACCACCAUGGCGAUGAAGCAGCGCUGGCGGGAUAUACACUGGGCGAGCUGUUGCAGCUGGCUCAGAGCGCGAGUCGGCCGCAGGCGGCUUCCUGGAUGUCGAGUGCUGCUACGCCCUUCUCCUCCCUAUUGAGCAGAAACCGGAGCCUCUUUUGA